GGGAGGGAACAGAAAUGCUGAGCUCACUCCCACUGGAUGGACCGUGCAGUAACAGCAGCAGCUCCAAGUCUAACUGAACUAAAGUACACACACACACCCUUACAUAUUUAUAAAAAAACAGAACAGAUUUGAAAAUGAUGAAGAAACAGUUUAAUCGGAUGUUGCAGUUAGCGAAUCAUACUGUAAACAGAAGUGAGAAUUCGGAGCUCCUCAGUGAAGAUCUCAUCCAGUUUGAAAACAGGAUCGAACCCACACGGAGAGCAACUUGCGUCACCUACAAGAGGCUACUAUCCUGCCUUCAUGGCCAACAAGGUGCAGAUUUUGAUAAGCGCCUGAAAAAGAUGCCGCUGAUGUUGCUGUCACAGAGCAUAGAGGACAGCUGCAGAGAAUUGGACAACGAGUCCCCCAUUAGGAAAAUGAUGGAGCUCUGCUGCUCAGUUGAAAAUACUUUAGCAAAGGUCCUCAUUGAACACGAACUUCAAGUGGAGAGGGACGUCCUGGACCCACUGUACAAACUCUCGGAGGAGGAACUUCCAAAUGUUCUCAAACACAAGAAGCAGUUGGCCAAACUAACGCUGGACUGGACAGCUGCCAAGAAUCGGCUGAACCAAGCAACAAAGUCAGGCAACCAGGGAACACCUGUCUCAUCGACAACAACUAAACUGGACUUGCUGAAGGAAGAUGUCGAAGAGAUAUGGAGACGGGUCGAACUGAGUAAGGAUGAAUAUGCAGCUGACCUUUAUCACUUUGCCAGCAAGGAAGAGGAAUACUCCAAUUACUUCUACUCAUUAAUGGAAGCACAGGCUGAUUACCACCGGAAGUCACUCCGAGCCUUAGAUGCUGCGAUGCCAACAGUGCGGCCAAGCCCCAGCCCCUCGGGUGGUUGCUCUGGGAAACCAGCCUUUGGACAGCCACUGGAGGAGCAUCUGAAAACCUGCGAGCGGGAAAUCGCUCUCCCCAUUGAGGCGUGUGUCAUGAUGCUGCUGGAGAAAGGCAUGAAAGAAGAGGGACUGUUCAGAUUAGCAGCUGCAGCUUCAGUCCUGAAACGGUUAAAAUCUGCUCUGGACAGUGGCUCCUUUGAUCCCAAUGAAUUCAAAUCGGAUCCACACGCUGUGGCAGGUGCAUUGAAGUCUUACCUGCGUGAAUUACCUCAGCCCCUCAUGACAUUUGACCUUUACGAUGAGUGGUUCCAAGCUGCCAGUGAGAAAGAUCUUCCCAAGAAGGUUGAGAGACUGAGAGAAGUUUGCACUAAACUACCACCAGAAUCCUACAAUAACUUACGGUACCUCAUCAAGUUUUUGGCAAAGUUGGCGGAAUAUCAAGAAGUGAACAAAAUGAGUCCAAGUAACAUCGCCAUAGUUCUAGGUCCAAACCUCCUCUGGCCCAGGGAUGAAAGGAAGGUGUCGCUGAUGGACAUGGCGUCGGCGUCUUCUGUCCAAGUGGUCACGGUCAUGGAGCCCAUCAUCCAGAACGCGGAGAGGAUCUUCCCAGAAGGACCCCAGGAGCAGCCAUCACCAGCAACCACAGAGGGCACAAAUGAGCAGUGCUGA